CUAUCAAUCUUAAUUCGCCUGGUAAAUGUUUUCCUCAGACAGGCCUCGGGUUUCUGUUCGAAGUUUUCCCUCUUUCCUCUGCACCCGAUUGUCGUAUGGAUCGUGUCACCGAAGGCUGAGGGCGAGGUGCUCCUUCCAUACCCGGGGAGGUCGUAGUGCAGGUGCGAGGCAGGGCAACUGAGAACGGAGUCGCAACGGAGCUUGCAGUUUUCAGACUAUAUUUGGAACCGUCAAUAUGAGCCCUUCACAGUGGGAUUUUCCAGUGGAAUUAUGUUGCCGACCAAUGGCCUUUGUUACACUCACUGGUUUGGAUGUUGUAUAUAAUGCUGUUCAUCGAGCUGUCUGGGAUGCCUUUUGUGCAAAUAGGAGAGCAGACAGAGUACCAAUUUCUUUUAAAGUACUUCCCGGUGAUCAUGAAUAUCCCAAAUGCAGAGUAAAGAGAUUGUCAUAUGAAUGGUACAUUCCAAAGGGUAUCCUGAAAACAGGUUGGAUGAACAAACAUCUGAAUUUGGUUCCUGCACUUGUUGUGGUAUUUUAUGAACUAGAUUGGGAUGAGCCACAGUGGAAAGAAAAACAAUCAGAGUGUGCUACUAGAGUUGAAAUUGUCAGGCAGAGUUUGCAGGGCCGAAACACAAAAGUUGCUGUAGUUUUAAUUCAGAAGAAAACCCCCUUACCUCCAGGAGAAGAUGUUAUUGCUUCAGAAAGGGCAGCAGCUUUAUGUAAUGCUUGUGACCUCUCUGGAAAGUCGUUGUUUGUUUUGCCACACACUGAUCAUCUUGUAGGUUACAUUAUAAGGUUAGAAAAUGCUUUCUAUGAACAUGCUCAGACCUAUUACUACACAGAAAUACGAAGAGUAAAAUCUCAUAAAGAAUAUUUGAACAAAACAACACAUCAGCUUUUGUUUGUUAGACACCAGUUCAAAAUAGCAUUCUUCAGUGAGUUGAAGCAAGACACAUUAAAUGCUCUAAAAAACUACAAAACUGCCUUUAAUCUUGUACAUGAAUUGAGAGCUCAUGAAACAAAUAUGCUGGAAAUCAAGACUAUGGCAGGAUUUAUAAAUUACAAGAUCUGUCGCCUGUGUUUUCAGCAUAAUACACCACUGGAUGCAAUUGAACAGUUUAGGAAACAUAUAGAUCUAUGCAAGAAAAAAAUAGGAAGUGCAGAGUUGGCUUUUGAGCAUGCUGCCUGGAUGUCAAAACAAUUUCAGGCUUUUGGAGAUCUAUUUGAUGAAGCUAUUAAGCUAGGGUUGACAGCUAUUCAAACACAAAACCCAGGUUUCUAUUAUCAGCAGGCAGCAUAUUAUGCACAAGAACGGAAGCAACUGGCAAAUGUUCCCUGGGAUCAUGAGUCUUCUGUGAUAUAUCCUAAUCCGGAUCCAUUAGAAACACCAACUGGAAUGCUUGACUUCUAUGGACAAAGACCAUGGAGGCAGGGAAUACUAAGUUUUGAUCUUAAUGAUCCUGAAAAGGAGAAAGUGGGAAUCUUGGCACUGCAACUGAAAGAGAAGAAAGUUCUCCAUUCUGAGCUAAUAAUCACCUUGUUGAGUAACGCAGUUACGCAGUUCAAGAGAUACAAGUGUCCGAGAAUGAAAAGUCACUUGAUGGUUCAGAUGGGUGAAGAAUAUUAUUAUGCUAAAGAUUACACCAAAGCUUUGAAGCUCCUUGACUAUGUUUUGUGUGAUUACCGUAGUGAAGGCUGGUGGACUCUCCUGACUUCUAUACUGUCCACUGCUCUUAAAUGUUCCUAUCUAAUGGCCCAAAUAAAAGAUUAUAUUACAUACUCAUUAGAGCUUCUGGGCAGAGCAUCUACUUUGAAAGAAGAUCAGAAAUCUCGAAUAGAAAAGAAUCUGAUCAAAGUUCUUAUGAAUGAGAAUCCAGAUCCUGAAUCUGACUGUGAUUGUACUUCUGUAAAAACUGCACAGAAAUUGUGGGCUGAUAGAGUAUCCCUGGGAGGCAACAACAUCUUUACAAUAGAAGUACAAGAUUUUGUUCCUUUUGUGCAGUGUAAAGCUAAAUUUCUUGCUCCAAGUUUUCAUGUUGAUGUACCAAUUCAGUUUGAUGUAUAUUUGAAAGCUGACUGCCUGCAUCCUCUCCAGUUUUCUAAGUUGUGUGUCAAUUUCAGUAAUCAGGAAUACAAUCAGUAUUGCAUGGUGGAAGAAAACUAUCCAAAAUGUGACAUCCUAGAACCAUCUACACAGGGAACAUUAUGUCUUAUCCCUGGUAAGACAAAAAAGUUCACUUUCAAAUUUGUGGCAAAAACAGAAGACGUGGGAAAAAAAAUUGAGAUUACCUCAGUGGACUUAAUUCUGGGUAGUGAAAAUGGCAGGUGUGUGGUCUUGAACUGGCAUGGAGGAGGGGGUGAUGCUGCUGCUUCUCGAGAAGCAGUUCUGGCAGCUCGUUCCUUCAAAAGACGACCCAAACUUCCAGAUAAUGAGGUUCACUGGGAUAGCCUUACAAUUCAGGCAAGCACUAUGAUCAUUUCUAGAGUGCCUAACAUUUCUGUCCAGCUUAGUCAUGAACCCCCUGCCCUAAUGAAUGAAAUGUAUUGUUUGAGUGUGACAAUUGAGUCGCAUGAGAAGACCGUUGCCAAAGAUGUAAAGCUCACAGCUGGCUUAAAACCAGGCCAAGAUGCAAAUUUGACUCAAAAAACACAUGUAACUCUGAAUGGAACAGAAAUGUGUGAUGAUUCCUACCCUGCCUUGCUUCCUGAUAUCCCUCUGGGAGACCUGCAGCCAGGUGAAAAGUUGGAAAAAAUGAUAUAUAUUCAUUGUGGAACAGUUGGUACUAGGAUGUUUCUGGUGUAUGUUUCUUACCUGGUGAAUGCAGUCAUUGAAAGAAAAGAAAUUCUUUGCAGGUGUCACAGGGAUGAGACAGUUACUAUAGAGACAGUAUUCCCUUUUGAUGUAGCUGUUAAAUUUGUCUCAACUAAGUUUGAGCAUUUAGAUAAAGUCUUCACCGACGUACCAUUUUUACUGAUGACAGAUAUCCUCAGUGCUUCACCCUGGGCCCUUACUAUUGUAACCAGCCAGUUGCAGCUUGCUUCUUCAGUGGUUCCAGUGGACCAAUUAGAGUCCUGUGUGGAAAAUGUUGUUUUACAGACAGGUGAAAGUGCUAGUGAAUGCUUUUGCCUUCGUUGUCCACCAGUUACUACUGGUCAAGGUGGAGUUGCUACUGGAUGUUAUGUAAUCUCCUGGAAAAGGAGCUCAGCUGUGGAGAACAUACCUGUAGUUAACACUUUGAUCACGCUGCCACAUGUGAUCACUGAAGGUAUCCCACUCCAUGUUAAUGCAGAUUUGCCACCAUUUGGUCGAGUCAGAGAAUCCUUACCUGUAAAAUUUCAUCUGCAGAAUAAGACUAAUUUAGUGCAAGAUGUAGAAGUAACAGUGGAACCUAGUGAUGCCUUCAUGUUUUCUGGUCUUAAGCAGAUAAGACUGAGAAUCCUUCCUGGCACUGAACAAGAAAUGUUAUACAACUUCUAUCCUCUUAUGGCUGGAUAUCAGCAGCUGCCAUCUCUCAACAUCAGUCUGCUACGAUUUCCACAGUUUACUAACCAACUGCUUAGAAAAUUUAUACCAACACACAUCUUCGUCAAGCCACAGGGCCGUCAAUUGGACGAUGCAUCUAUUGCUGCUGCGUAACUGAAGAUUCAUGCACAAAGGAAGCAGUUUUGCACAGAAUUUAUAGUAGCUUUUCCCCCAAAACUUUUGCUUGUCUUAAGCUACAAGUAAAAUUGCUUUAUAUUUAGAUUGGUUAAAAAAUGUGGAAUGAACUAAGUGUCCUGUGGACUUGAUUGUAAUAAUUAAAUAUAUAAAAUAUAUAAAAAAUAAGGGUUUUCUUUAUCAUUGACUUUCCUGAAAUUAAGUGAAUGGAAGAUUUUGAUAACAUGGGUGAAAUUACUAAAAAAAAAAUAUGAAAUGUUGGCUUAAAAAAACAGAAGUCUGACGCUUUUGUUGUAGUAAUUGAUUUCACUACCAUCACAAAUACUUUAGCAUUGACAUUUUAUGCUUACAGAAUCCAAUUUUAUAUAAUAUAUUAUGAAUAUCAAAUAUAUUCAUAUAUUUGAAAUAAAUAACAGUAUUUAUACACAUUCUUCCUUCUUAGUAGGCUCUGGCUAUUCAUAUGAUGAGUUGCUAUGUUAAAUCAUCUGCAUUGUCAUUUUGUACUUUUGAGAGGCCAGUUAAUACUUGUUGGCUCUGGGUGAAACUGCUUUAGCCACAUUUUCUCUUCCAUAGUUAGGAGGGAGUGAUAUUAUUUAGUUUAAAGAAAUUACUCCGUAAAAUACUGAGAAGCUUAUGGUCCUUUAGAAAAAAAAAAAUAAAGUUUGCCAUAGGAAGAAACAUAUAUGUUGUCAUUAAAUAUUGUUAUAAACGACUUGUAUAUAAGAAAUGCUUCUUGUGGAACUGUGCCAUUGCCAUUGUAGAUUUUUUGGAGUAGGCUGAAGUUGUCAAUAUUUUUUUUAAAUAAUUUACAGCAAGUCUAACAUGGAAUGUUUCAAAAACGGGCUGCUAAUUAUGAAUUGCAGGCCAUUUUAGAAAAAAGCUUUGUAUGCUACAGGAAUAUCCACCAAUCAUUUAGUGGUAAAACUUUUGCUUAAUCAGGACCCAUUCCUUUAUUAGUUUUUUCAACAUGCAAAUAUCAGAUAAGAAGAAUGUGGAUAUAACAUGGUAUUCUUAAUAUUCAUAUUAAAUCAUGUAAAUACCUGUUUUGUGAAUGUUCUAUUGUUUAAUAAAUUAAUUUAAGCUUUAGCUUCUGGUCUCAAGACAUUUCUCCUUUUCUAGAGUGAUAUAGUAUAUGCAAGUGGUUGUAUGAACUGAGAUAUUUCAUCCCAGUUCAGAAUAACGAACUUUCUGUGACAUCUUAAAUAAAUUUAUGGUAUAUUG